UGUAGGCUGCUCGCUCUCCUGUUCAUGCAUGCGGAACACGUCUACUUCAUGUGACGCCAUAUCUGGUCAGUGCUCAUGUCUCAGUGGCUGGACCGGAACUGACUGCUCCCAGAGAGUUGAUCCCUGCCUGCUUAAUCCUUGCCCUUCCAACACUACAUGUUUAACUAAUGGUGACAGCUACACUUGCCUAACUGGAGUCAACUCAGACUGUAAUGUGACCCUUACUACCACCAAUGGUACAAUAGCGAGUCCUAAUUAUCCAAGAAGCUUUGCAGAUUUUAACUGGAUGUCCUGCUCAUGGACAGUCUAUGGUCCGGCUAAUACAAUCAUAUCUCUUAACUUUUUAGAUUUCAGUCUCGGCAACAGCAAUAAAUGUAACUAUGAAUCUGUUCAAGUCUUUGAUGGAGCUUCUUCAACAGCACAUCUUCUAGGCCAGUACUGUGAUACCAAAGUUCCAAACUUUCUGAUGUCAACUUCUAACUCUAUCAGGGUGACAUUUACGACUUACGGCUCUUUUGCUAGAAAAGGCUUUCUUGCUUCAUUCUUGGUGCAUACUUGUUCCAAUUUUACUUAUGGCACCGGAUGUUCUCAAACUUGCACGUGUAACCAGACCAACACUGACGACUGUGACAGAACUAGUGGCGUCUGUUUCUGUAAGUCUGGAUGGACAGGCUCAAGCUGUGCAGAGGAUAAAAACGAGUGUCUGGCUAAAAACGAAGUGUCCGUUUGUCCACCUAACUCUGAUUGUACGAACACAGCAGGAAGCUAUAUCUGUACAUGUCGACCUCCUUAUGCUCGCAAUACUUCAGGCCAAUGUCAAGUUCUCAACAACUGUAUAAGAAACGCCGCCAAGUGUUCCCAUACAUGUUACAUCAACAGUGCAGGAAAAGAAGCAUGUUUUUGUCCAGAUAACUUGGUCCUUGGAGUAGAUAAAUUCAAAUGUGUUGUGCCAUUCUAUAGCCACGGUCAGUCUUCUUCUGACAUUUUGAUCAAUCCUGCCAAUAAAAGUUCUAAUGGGAUGUACUUUAGCAAAGUCACUUUGAGUGAAUACACUCCGUUUGGAAACAGAUUAUGGAAAGAGGCUUACAUUUUCAGUAAUGGAGUCAUAAGUUUCUCAACCUCCGCACUGUCCAGAGAUCCAGAUUUCAAGCUCACACUCUCCCAGGACAACUAUAUCAUUGCUCCUUUCUGGUCAAAAAUGGACGCCACUGAAGGAUCUGUUUACUAUAAUCUCUACGAGAAAUGUGAUGAGGUCACUUUUAAAACCCCAGGAAACAGUUCUUCGUCCCCCUUCAAGGCUGUGGUCAUGGAAAGAGCCGCUGCGGACAUCAAAUCCUUUUACAGCUUGACAGAUUUUGAUGUGAAUAGAGUUUUAGUCACAACAUGGAUAAAUGUACAACCCGAAUCUGUAACGUCCACUACUAAUGCAGAAACGACCAGCUUUCAAUUAGUGUACAUCAGUGGUCACAGCAAAGUUAGAGUUGGUUACACUUACCAGUUCAGUGACCAAGAGACUGCGUAUGUGAUAUUUAUCUAUCAACAAGAUAAGAUGAAAUGGCAACCGAAAGAAGGAAGGAUUAUCAAAGCUGGUUUUGUAAGACCAGAGUCUGGUAUCACUGACAUUGCCCUUACUGUUGAUCAGAUAUAUAACCUUGAUCAUAUGAUUGGAGUAGGAUCUGGUAUGAUCGGAACGUGGACAUACGAGGUCUCCAAGCUGAUCAGUUCCACUCAGAAAUGUCAGAGAUACACGUGCGGCCAUGCAGAACUGCUGACUAACUCCAAGUACAAAUCAGAUGUCGACCAGCUCUACAAGUGUCCAUGUACUGUUAAUCUGCUGGACAGAAGAUGGAGGGUGUAUGAGUCUCGUGGAAAGGUCGAGUGCUACGCCCUCAGUUCUAUUGUUAAAUCUAGACUCUUACAAGACAACACAAGAAACAGACUUUGCUGCUACCAAAAUAGAUAUUCUCACAGCUUCAUAAGUCUAGCACAAUACGAUGAAAAUCGCAGAAAGUCGUCAAAUAUUCAUAACUCUCCGCAAGCUGGUCACAUACUCAUAAGUGACCCGUGGUCAUGGUCUACCCACAGCUCCAAGGCCGUACAAGACAACGUCCAGGCUAACAGGUGGUGCUGUAUGGAAAGUCUCAGUUCUUUUCUGUGUGAACGAUUUAAUGCUGUCUUCCCGGAUAUGGAGUGUACUAACGAUAUUCCUUACAUACCUUCACACAUUCUGGGAGAUCCUCAUUUCAUCACUCUGGACGACUUGAACUAUACAAUGAACGGCUGGGGAGAGUACACGCUCAUGGACAUCCCCAGCAGAAGGUUUCUUCUACAGGGUAGAACUGAAAAAGCCGAGACUAGCAAUGGCAUGAAGAUCAAUGCCACGAUCUUUUCUGCCUUCGCUGCCAAGGAGGGAGACAAUCCAGCUUUCCAAGUCAAGUUAUCUCUGAACAAAUCAGCAAUGAUUAUAACGGCCAACAACAAAGACAUUACAAACGACUUUUAUAGACUGUCUAACUACACCCUGGUCACUGAGAGCGUUGGCAUUCGUCGAGAGAACAUUCUGAACAAAAUUGUUGUCACCGCUGCCUUCCCUGCAGGUGUAACAAUCAUAAUCCAAGUCGGAGUAAGAGAUCUAGAAAUAGACCUGGAAGUGGACAAAUCUCUCAGGUCUUCGACCAAAGGUCUCCUCGGCAACUUUAAUGGAAUACCUGAGGAUGACUUCGAGCUACCAAACGGAACAGUGCUACCAAGUAAUAUAAGUGAAAAAGAGAUUCUGGAACAGUUUGCGCCUUUGUAUAAAGUCACUCUGCACAAUUCUGUGUUUAUCUAUGAUGCUGGUCGAACUACUAACGACUAUCAACAUCCAGAGUUUGUUCCUGUCUUCAGUGACAGUUUAAGCCAGUCUCAAGUGAACGAGACUCUCACAGUGUGUGGAGCAGACAACAAAGAGUGUAUCUAUGAUUAUAUUGCCACUAAAGAUGCCGCCCUUGCACUUUCUACCAAAGACAAGAAAGAAGAAAUAGUCAUAAAAAAACAGGAAUUAUCCAACUCGCCGCCUAUUGUGGAGAUUUCCAGCCAAAUGAAGCUUACAAAUAACAGAUGGGCAAUUCGAGAAAAUAUCGUGAAUGUCUUACAGUUGACAACUUCAGAUGCUGACAUGGAUAAUGUUACUAUUAUAAAUCUAUCUAACAGCACAGCUGUUUCUUUGUUGCCAAAUGGGAGUGUGCAAUAUGUACCAAUCAAGAAUGACCCAGUUAGACUCAGCUUCCAGGCUAGAGAUUCCAAGGGAGGCUACUCUGCUGUACUUAACAUAUUGGUUACAGUUUGUCCGUCGUGCAGUGGGCGUGGCACGUGUGAUUUGAACUCUAGCCCUCUUGUUGACUAUCUUGGAGGCAUGUUUCGGGUACAGAGAUGCAUUUGCCAGCCAGCAUACACAGGUACCUACUUUGAGUCAGAGUUCGAUGGCUGUACAUCUCAGCCAUGCUCCAUAGGACAGAGCUGCACUGAUCUAACAGCUGCACAGCAAGGAGAUGCAACAGAGGGCUACAUUUGUGGGCCAUGUCCGACUGGCUUCACCGAUGUCCACAAACUGUGCAUAGAUAUCAAUGAGUGUUUAAAUUCAAGUCUUUGUGAUCAAAUUUGCGUCAAUACUGAAGGGUCCUACAAAUGUGAAUGCAAGGAAGGCUUUACCCUCAGUUCCAGUGACCACAGGACAUGCUCAAACCAACAGUGCAACACAACUUUGACGGCCACAAGUGGUACAGUUAUGUCUCCAAACUUUCCACAGAAUUAUUCUGACAAUGCUUACUGCGAUUGGACUAUUUUAAGUAACGAAAUAGGGGCAGUUGUAAUAAUCAACAUGACUGAGUAUGAUGUUGAAGGUUGCCCAUACGACUAUUUAACUCUAUAUGAUGGAAACGACACAAGUGGCAGACAGUUGGGACCAUUCUGCAAAGAAAUGCCAGGCUUAAUAAUAUCAUCAGGAGGUGCCAUGCAUCUUGUGUUCGUUUCUGAUGGAUCUGAAACAAGAAAAGGUUUCAGAGGGACAUACACUAUUCAGAAUAAAUGUCGGGUGAAAAACUGCUCCCACUCCUGUGAAGUUAUUUCCACUAGUCCGAGAAAUGAGCAAUGUGUCUGUCCAGAGUGGUCAAGACUUGACUCCAACAACAGCAACAUGUGUCUAGAAAUCAAUGCUUGUAACACGACAGUUACUGCCACUUCUGGAUACAUUGUAAGCCCUGGAUACCCGAAUUUCUAUCCAACCAACAUUAAAUGUUACUGGAUUAUAAAUUCUGCAUCGGGUGGACAAGUUUCAUUCAAUGUAACUGACAUGAACGUAGAGUCCACCUCAGGUUGUACAUAUGACUACGUGAAGGUGUUCGAUGGUAACACCAGUGUUUCUGGAAGUAUUGGACAGUACUGCGGAGACAACCCACCUUUACCUCUUAGAUCAAGUGGUCAAUCCUUGUAUGUCCAGUUCAGAUCUGAUUUUUCGGUCACUGGCAGAGGUUUUAAAGCCCAGUUUGCAAUAUUAUCUGACACAAUUCCUAAUUUCCAACGUUCAACAUAAACCUAAAACCGGUAAUAGAUCGAUAGACGAGAUCAAAUAUAUAUUCAUCUCAUAGUCUAUUGUAUUCCAUUGUUGUAUAUAUACUUUUUAAACCUUUUAUAAAUAUGCUUAAUAUCAUUUACAAAUGAUUUAAUUCAGUUCUCAGUUCUUAGACGUAAAAAAAAACCUCUUCAUCAACCAAAGCUUUCAGCAACAGAAUCUGAUAUUGUAUGUUUUAACCUGUUUCAUAGUCUUGGCAGUCUUUGAACAUUAAUUGCCCAGUUCUAGCUAUUUUUAGCGGCCCCCGAAAGGGGAAAAGACGCUAUUAGUUUUGUGCGAAAUGUCUGUCCGUCCGUCCCGUUUAGAUCUCGUAAACUAGAAAAGAUAUUGAAAAUCCGACAUCACAAUAUUUUAGACCAUUCAAAGAUCUGAUGCCACGGCUACUUUUUUUUUUUUCUGAAAGCGAAAAAUCUAAUUUUUUAAAUCAGUUAUGCAAGCAGUUUU